AUCCUCCCUGGCUUGACAUUUGACACUUCUGUAAUCUGUAUUCUUACAGGAACUUGACGAGAUUCGCAGAUCUGGAAUGAAAAACUUCAGAAACAUUCAAGUUGAGGAAUCAAACCUAUUGUCAUGGCAAGGGCUCAUUGUUCCUGACAACCCUCCUUAUGACAAAGGCGCAUUCAGGAUCGAAAUCAUUUUCCCCACUGAGUACCCUUUCAAGCCUCCCAAGAUCACAUUCAAGACAAAAAUCUAUCACCCCAACAUCGAUGAAAAGGGCCAGGUAUGCUUGCCUGUGAUCAGUGCAGAGAACUGGAAGCCUGCCACCAAAACUGACCAAGUAAUUCAGUCCCUCAUUGCGCUGGUGAAUGACCCCCAACCGGAGCAUCCCCUGAGGGCAGAUCUAGCAGAAGAAUACUCAAAGGACCGUAAAAAAUUCUUGAAGAACGCUGAAGAGUUUACAAAGAAACAUGGCGAAAAGCGGCCAAUGGACUGAUCACCUGACUAGCGUGUAGCCCUCUCUGUCUCUUUCUCCCCCUCUCCUCCUAUCUCACCUGCCCAUCUACCAAUCUUCCUCUCGCCUCCCCGCUUCCUUACACCUCACCACCUUCCUUGCUCACCCUCCUCCCCUCUCCCCCACACCAGUCCUCCCUGCAGCCCAGGAGCUGCCCAGCUGAAGCCAGGCAGAGGUAGCCUUAGCUUCCCUUCCCAUCCAGGACUCUCUGUGGAUCAGACAGCUUCCUCUUCCUCCUCCUCUUCCUCCUACUCCAUGGCCAUACAUCUCCAGACCAUUUCUAACUUUCUACUCUUUUCUUAAUGUGAAAAAUGGAAAAAGAAAUGCUAAGGGAACAUGAUGUUCAGAUGAAAUGUUAGAUGGAAAUACUCAGAUAUGUGUUCAUUUUCGGUUGGCUCUUCGUCUAUAUAAGAUCUCCCUUUUUGUUUUCCAAAGUAUUAUAUUUUUUGCAGAGCAGGAAAAAAAUCUUUCAGUUUUUUUUUUUUUGGCCCAAUCAUCAAUCUUUUAAAGCUGAAUAAAGAAAGAUGAUAGAAAUAAGAGAAGUUGUAGAUAGGACCUGGAGGUGUGUGGUGACUGAAAUGUUUUCCGUCCUCACCUCCACUGCUUCUAGACUUGCAUUGUACUCUGUGGGACAAUCCCCCUCACAUCUUCUUCCCCACAGUUGGUAACCCACUGAGCAGGAACAAACAAUGGUAGGCCAUGCUUGAGUUCAAUUGUUAUUGCCGAAUAUGCAAAAGAACAUAUAAAACAAGUAAAACAAUGUGGUUUCCAAACACUCCAAACAUGUAUCUAUCAUCAGCAGGCCCUUAAAGACGAAUUAAACAGCACCAUCACCACAUUUUCUUAGUUGUACAUUUUUGGGUUUUUGCAGAUGAGUUGCACUCUAAGACCAUGCUCUUAAAACAGUUUCCUGCAUGACAAAUAGCUAUUGUGAUUCUAUUUUCCUUAUUAAUGAUCAAUUAUCAUUUCUCCAUUUCAAAUUGAUUUGAUUGGCACUUGAUAUAGAAAAUUGUCAAUGUGGGAAGAACCUGUUUGGUUAAUUUGAAUCUUUCACGCACGUUUCCUUUCCCACUAUCGGGCAUCCCAGUAUAACCACCUAUCAUACUAGAAACUGAGUCCUUCACCACACUAAGACAUAUUCCAGUGGCAGACCGACCAUCAGCUGCCCAGCUGAAAGGGACCUAACUUGUCGGGAGGGAGGAAGGAGAAGCUGGAGAAGGAUGCACUCAGCUGGAAUGAAGCUCAGCUCCUGGAAGCGGUCCUAGAAACAGGCACCUUGAAGGCAGCUGGGAGAGGGCUGGCUGUCUGGGGAUGUGUCAGGACAUGGAAAGGGACUGCAGUGGCCAAAAAACCACCAUGUAACAACUGUUUGAUCUGGUCCAAAUAUUGUUUCAUAUUAAAGAUGGUUAACCAUGUGGCCUCAC